AUGACAGGACAAAAUACGGAAGAAAAUCUACCAGCUGGGUUUCCGCAGGAUGUUCAUCAAAGGCCGGGGACGGCGGGCGCAAAGGAGCAGAGCACCGCGAGCAAGAUAGGACGGUCUUCUGGCACCAAAUAUGAAAUGCUUGCCCCGUUCAAGAAAGCUGAUACGGAAAAAAUUUGCUUGGAGCCCAUUGAGUACACCAGGUCUCUUCCGGGCAAGAAUACCGUUAGUAAGGUCAUUGCGAGUCUGAGGCCUUGGUUGAAUAUCUCAGAUCAAUCUGCGGCCGUCUUGACGGAUGUCAUGAUUAUGCUACAGAACUCGUCGCUCAUGCUUGACGAUAUCGAAGAUGGUUCACAACUCCGGCGUGGCGCACCCGCAGCACACGUUAAAUAUGGCAUCAGUCAAACAAUUAACAGCACUACGUACGUGAUUGCCAAGGCGUUCUCCGAAGUUCAGCUACAUCUCCGACCAGAGUCUGCGAAAGUUUUAUCUGAGGAACUUCAAACCCUCACCCUAGGCCAAGGUCUUGACCUUAACUGGACAUUUCACCAGAAAUGUCCAAGUGUGCAUGAAUAUCUGGUCAUGAUCGACCACAAGACCGGAGGUUUCUUUCGACUUAUGCUGCGAAUCAUGGAGAUUGAGGCCAAUGCCACGCCCAACAAUGAUAUGCGCCAUUUAAUUACCUUGCUGGGCAGAUACUACCAGAUCAAGGAUGAUUAUCAGAACUUGGCCUCCGACGAGUAUACCACCAAGAAGGGUUUCUGUGAUGACCUUUCAGAGGGAAAGUUUUCAUUUCCUCUUAUCCACUUGUUUGAGCAUAGUCCUAAUUCCGAUACGCUGCAAGAGCUUAUCUUCGGGGCUGAUGACAGGGGUGCAAUAUCAGAGGAGAGGAAAUUGAAGGUGCUUUCCGAAAUGCAGAACAUUGGCAGUUUGGAGCAUACGUUGGAUGUAUUGAACAAUCUCUUUACCUCAAUAUUGGAUACAGUAGAGAGGGUUGAAGGAGCUCUAGGUGAAAACAAGAAGUUGAAAGCUUUGUGCCUUGCACUGAAGCUGUAAUGAG